AUGGAGCAUGGUUUGAAUGGAAGAAAAAAGAGAUGGGAACCGCCACUACCAGGAUAUGUUAAGUGUAACAUUCACUCGAACUGGAGAAACGCGAGGAUACACAGUGGAAUAGCAUUUAUUAUCAGGGAUCCUCAAGGCAAUGUCCUGCACCAUGCUAGAGAUGCCAUCACCUUUUCUUCGAAUAGGUUUACGGCUGAACUUCGUUGUCUGGCUUGGGCGCUUCGUAGCAGGAAGGAUUUGGGAUACACGGAUGUGGUGAUUGGAUCAGAUUUUACAGAAAUUAUUGAAGCAGUUAGGAGAUCAAAUGAAUGGCCUCGUUUCCGUAUUUUUCUUCAAGAGAUAGAGGUUCUAUGUUCUCUGUUUUGUUCGGUGGCUUUUGAAACAGAGUCUUUUGACUCUAAUCAGAUAGCAAGAGAGAUUGCUCGGAGUGUUCUUCGUGACGGUCGUUUCAACUCAUAUUUGGCGCUAGGAGGACCUGCUUGGCUGCAUCAGAGAAUCUUAAGAGAAGCCACUUCAAAUUGCUCGUAG